AUGAUGGCGUCUGACGAUGAAAAGCAGACGGGCAAGCUCGGUCAGCCCGACCUGGGCACCGUCGGGAGUAUUCAGGAGAUCUACCCCAGCCAAAGCAAUGCGCUGGUGGGAGGCCUUCAUCGCCGUUUGAACAACCGGCAGAUCCAGCUUAUUGCCGCCGGUGGCUCGAUCGGCACGGCCCUGUUCAUCAGCAUCGGAGGCGGCCUCGCUAAGGGCGGACCUGCCAGCCUCGUGAUUGCCUACACUGUCUACUCAAUCAUCCUCGCCCUCGUCAAUAACUCAAUCGCUGAAAUGAACACAUACAUGCCCGUGGCCGGCGGCUUUGUCCGUCUUGCAGGCUACUGGGUCGAUGACGCGCUCGGUUUCCUGGCGGGAUGGAACUUCUUCAUCUACGAAGCCCUCAUCAUCCCGUUCGAGGUUACCGCAUUGACUUUCACCAUGUCGUUCUGGAGUGAAGAGAUCACGACUCCCGGCCCCACCGCUGGUGUAUGUGCUGCUGUUAUUGUGCUCUAUGGUGCAAUUAAUAUCCUUGCCGUCAGAUUUUAUGGUGAAGCCGAGUUCUGGCUCUCUGGAGGCAAGCUCAUCCUGAUCUUCAUCCUGUUCGCUUUCACAUUCGUGACUAUGGUUGGUGGUAAUCCACUACACGAUGCCUACGGCUUCCGAUAUUGGUCAAGUCCAGGAGCCUUCGCCGAGUACAUCACAAAGGGAGACCUGGGACGCUUUGAGGGCUUCCUCGCUGCUCUCUGGAGCGCUUCAUUCACUGUCGUCGGACCCGAGUACAUCUCCAUGGUGGCGGCCGAAGCAAAGCGUCCCAGCAUUUACAUCAGGGCGGCAUUCAAAACCGUUUACUUCCGCUUCUGCAUCUUUUUCGUCGUUGGCGCUCUUGCCGUGUCGGUUGUUGUACCAUACAAUGACCCGGUGCUUUACAACAUUUAUUUUGGAGAUGGCGCAGGCGGCUCCGCGGCAGCCUCGCCAUACGUUAUCGCCAUGAGCAACAUGGGAAUUGGCGUUCUCCCUCACCUUGUCAACUUCCUCAUUCUGACCUCGAUUUUCUCGGCCGGAAAUACCUACACCUACUGUGCGACGAGAACUCUCUAUGGUUUGGCACUUGAUGGCCGGGCACCCAAGGUUCUUCGUUAUUGCAAUAAGAAGGGUGUGCCGGUGUACUGUUUUAUGGUUGUCAUGCUGUUUCCCUUCCUUUCUUUCCUCCAGGUCAGCAAUGGAUCAGCUAAAGUCUUGAGCUGGUUGACGACCAUCGUGACUGGCGGCGGGUUGAUCACAUUCAUGAUCAUGUCCAUCACCUUCAUCAACUAUUAUAAAGCGUGCGAGGCGCAAGGCGUCGAUCGCAGGACGAGACCUUACUACGGGUGGUUCCAGCCAUAUGGGGCUUACAUUGCGUUGACGGCCCAGCUUAUCAUCGCCCUCGCCUACGGAUACACCUCCUUUGUCCCGUGGAGCGUGGAGAAUUUCUUUGCCAAUUACACCAUGCAACUAUUGGCUCCGAUUCUGUUCUUUGGAUGGAAGAUCUUCAAGAAGACCAAGUACAUUAAGCCUCACGAGGUUGACCUGGUGUGGGAGCGGCCCAUGAUUGAGACCUAUGAAAACUCGAUUGAAACACCGCCGGUCGGAUUCUGGACUGAAAUGGGCCACAUGAUUGGUAUUGGACGAAAAGCCAAGGUUAGCAGUGACGCAUAG